AUGGAUACUGACAUAGAAGAGCUAGAUUUAGAAUCCGGUGGGGAUGGUUGCUAUAGAAACGGAGACGCCUUGUUUGGGAUUCUGGCAGAACUGAGACAGGCGGGCAAAUUCUGCGAUGCGGUUAUAAAGGUAAAAAACCAGUCUUACCCUAUACACCGGAACAUCAUGUCGGCCUGCAGUCCGUACUUCAAGUCCUUGUUUACCAGCCACGCUUUCAGCACACAAAAGAAAGAAAUUACAAUACCCGGAUUACCCGCCGAGGUCGUCCGACUUUUGAUUGACUUCGCCUACACGAGGACGGCUCGGCUUACACCGGAAAACAUCGAGCUGUUGCUUCCAGUCGCCGAUCAGUACCACGUCACGGGGCUUCUCAAGUUGUGCUGCGAAUAUCUGCACAGAAACCUCUCUCACGAAAACUGCAUUGGGAUACUGCAGUUUGCCCAGGCUCACAACUGCAGAGGCUUGGAAAAGUCGGCAAUCAGAUACACACUGAAAAACUUUGGCAGCGUCUACAGCUCCAGCAACGAGUACCUGCAGCUGUCUCUGGACAUGGUGUGCAGCCUUCUCUCCUCGGACCAGCUGAACGUCAGCUGUGAGGAGUACGUCUUUGACGCCAUCUGUCGCUGGGUAGACUACAACCCUCAGAGGAAAAUCCACAUGAAGCGUCUCUUGACAACAGUCAGGUUGGGUCUGCUUCCUGUUCCGGUUUUUGAAGGAAAGGUCAAAAGUCAUCGACUGAUCAAAAACAACAACGAAGUGAAGCAGCUAAUAAGCGACACGGAAGCUUUCUUGGCGGAGCUGGACAAGUCGGAGGAGCCGGACUUUGACAUGUCACUUCCGUUCGCACGGCCGCGAGUGCCCCAUGAGAUCUUGUUUGUCAUUGGUGGAUGGAGCGGCGGUCGUCCAAUCAAAAUGGUGGAAACAUACGAUACACGCGCUGACAGAUGGGUGGUUUGUAAGGCUGAGGAUAGUACGCCCAGAGCUUACCACGGUGUGGUGGCCAUCGAUUGUCUCAUCUACGUCAUUGGCGGGUUUGAUGCUACUGAGUGCUUUAACAGUUGCCGCGUCUUUGACGCCAGGACCAAAAUCUGGUCGGAGAUUGCGCCUAUGAACAUCAAGAGGUCUUACGUCAGCGUCGCCCUCCUAGACGGGUUGAUCUACGCCAUGGGUGGGUUUGAGGGACCCCCAAGGACCCCGAGCGGGGUCAUCUCCUCACCGCGGCUUCGUUCGGUGGAAAGGUUCAACCCCAAAGCCAACCAGUGGACCCUGAUCGCCAACAUGAGAGAGCGGCGGAGCGAUGCCAGCGCCACCACCUUCCAAGGCGAGGUUUACAUCUGUGGAGGUUUCAACGGCUCGGAGUGCCUCUGCUCUGCAGAAGUGUACAAUCCACACACUGACCAGUGGACGCUGAUACCGCCCAUGUCCAGUCGCCGCAGCGGCGUCGGUGUCAUCACGUACAAUGGCGCUAUCUACGCGGUUGGUGGCUUUGAUGGAGUGACGCGCACCAACACGGCCGAGAAGUACUCACCCUCAGACCGGACGUGGACUAACAUUCCUGACAUGUACAACACCAGGAGUAACUUCGGUAUUGAGGUAAUCGACGAAAUGUUGUUUGUCAUUGGCGGCUUCAAUGGGGAGACAACCAUUUACAACGUGGAGUGUUACGACACGCAGUCCAACGAGUGGUACAACGCCACCGACAUGAACCUCUACAAAAGCGCCCUCAGUGCCUGCGUGGUCCGGGAUCUCCCUGACGUCAGGGACUAUGUCUACAAGAAGGCAGAACUGCCCCGGAAGCUCCCGCUGCAGCAGGUACCCACACAGCAGACGGACUCCCAGGCAGCAGCUUCUGUUUCCGUUAUAGGGGCCACAACUGCAAGCGUUGGCAGCAACACCCAGGGAAUGCCAUUGUCGAACUUAAGUGCAUCUACAUUGCCAGUCUCCUUGCCAUCAGUUCCUUCUCCAUUUUCAUCUUAA